CUGCAGCUCGCACAACGACUCUGCCUCGAGGCGUUGCCAUCUACUGGAGAAGCUUCAGACCGUCCUCCUAGCUUUUGUGCAUCUCUGGGAAGAAGACAACCCGAGCUGAGUCGCCUCCGAUCUGCGAAAACAUCUGAUGACAUGGACGUGAUGGGAUAUUUAAACAAGUCAAUUGCCAAGCUACAAAUGGGGCUGGCAGUGUGGCGCAACAAGCCUGAGCUUUUUGAGAGUGCAGAUAUGCAUGAGGCAGGAAAGGAAAAAGGCUUCAGUACCAUGAAGACCUGGAUGCCUCAAGGGAGGCCUGCGAGGAAUGUGCUCCAGACCGGCAAGGUGCUGCUCAACAGCGAGAAGCACCACCGGCGUCAGCAGUGUCAGCGUCACCGCCUCCUCGGCAUGCAAAAGACGUCACUCCCAAAUCGUCUCCGUAAUGCAUCCAGUAUACCGGAUGCUACUACAGCGAGAAGCACCAUCGGCGUCAGCAGUGUCAGCGUCACCGCCUCCUCGGCAUGCAGAAGACGUCACUCCCAAAUCGUCUCCGUAAUGCAUCCAGGUAUACCAGAUGCUACUACUAUUCUCCCUGCCCCUAUCUCUAUAAUUGAUUGUUCACUAGCAUGGCCCAUGGGAGCACCACGACUCAGGACAAUGUUUUAGUAGACGUAAAUGAUUGUCGGUUUAUUGAGUUAAGAUUUUUUUAUGGUGAGGUCAUGCCAUGUUGUUAGCGGGCACAAAUAUUUAGUGAGUUGUUGGUUCAGGAGAUCAACAUUUGGUUUAGUAUCUAUGAAGAGAUGAGUCUCGUGGCGGUGAGCGGAACGUAGACAAGGAUGGCGACUUGAUGCUUCUCGGAGACCUCCUCUGGAGGUGGAUUUUCUGGGCCUUUUGUUUGCCAUUUCACAGAGUUGGGCCGUGUUUGUCAGCGAUCGUGGCUUGGAUAUGGCCCGGUCGCCCCGUCGCACGCACCGGCGGGUAAAGAUCUCGUGCCACCGCACGUAAUAUCCUCCGCCCGCCGAGGGUACGUCGGUAAUUUCACGUCCAGGCCUCGUGCGUGUCGUGCGGUGGUUCGCCCCGUGCGGCUAUGGGGUGGGGAAGGGCAGCGCCUUGCCCUUUCGUGCUCAUUCAUCCCCUUCUUCUCCUUCCCUCUGGAUUCUUCUACUAGCCAACCAUGAGGAGCUCCUGGUGGUGCUCCUGGAUCUGGAUGUGCUAUACAUCACCUCCUUGCCUCUUGGAUGCUUUGGUGCAUGUGGCGUUCGUGCUCAUCGGUGGGACGGUGCAAGGUGCAACUCCGAUGCAGUGGCGUGUAUGUGCGGUGUAGGAAGCGGUUCCUCGCCGGCUGGACGGCGUCCAGGCGCAACCCCACGUCCACUGAGUAAUGCCUCGGCUACAACCUCCCUCGGUGAGCCCCGUCUCCCUCCCACUCUGCUUCGGCUACUAUAUGGGACAUGGACAGGGCUAUGAUGAUCAGUUAUGGCUUAUAUAGGCAUGCUCUCGAGCAAUUGAGGCACUUAUGGGUAUUAAUUUGGAUCCCCUCAUUUCUUUGAGCCAUUUUUUGAUCACGUUUUUAUUUUAGUGGCUCUGUCCUUGGAUGGUCAUUUCUGAUGAGUGAUAACCAGGGCAGUUUCACAUGACCCACCGGUUGGAAGCCAUUCUUGCUAGGGCGAUGAUGAUUAACCAUGGUUGAAAUAAAUGUGCCUUUGAGCAAUCGAGAAACCUGUGAGUAUCAAGUUGGAUCCUCCCUCUUGUCUCUAGAAUCCUUUUUGAUCUUGUGAUACUUAUUGUUCUCUCCUUGGAUGGUCAUUCUUGUUGAGUGAUAACCAGGACAGCUCCACUGUAUAAACAGAUUGAUCUGGUGAUAAGAGAUGACGGUGGUAGGUUAUGCAAUCGAGGAAAGGCAAAUCUGAGCCGACUAUGCAUUGAACCCUGAACCCUUUUUAUUUGUGUUUAAAGGUGUUGCUUAUUUAUUCUCCAGUGUUUAUAGCCAUCUUAUGUAAAGAUUUCUUCUCUUUGAUACCUUUAUUGCAUAUGAGUUGUUUUUCAUCUUUUAUUGUUUGUUGUUGGUCCUUGAUUUAAUCUGGUUAAGAGUAAGUUGCACUUUGUUAUUCUGGGAUGAACGAUGGUUUGGCAAUGCUAUUGGUUCUUCAUGAGUUCAGAGGAGGAUUUCUGAUAUUAUUUUAUUGUUAAAUAGUCAUGACAGUAAGAUUCUUGUAUCUGUUCGCCGUGAGGAGCAAUGGAGCAUUGCACACUUAUGUGUACUGCUACCUGAUUAUCGUUGGUCUUUUGUAUAAAGGCCUUGCUAUAAUUUUGUAUGGUCCUUCCCUAAGGUGCUAUUUGGAUCAUCUGGUUUUUUAUACAGAGCCCGCUUCUCGAAGGUGCUAACCAGGCCAACAAAAAGGGCUCACCUGCUAAUAAGGUUUGAAAAUCCUCUUAGUGGUCAAUAGAGGUGUAUUCAGGCCCAAAACUUACAGAGCUGUGACAAGAAGUGUGGUCAACAUAGGUGUAUUUAACCAAACUAAUGUGAUCUUAUUUUAAAUUUUGCUCGAGAUUAAAUUUUCACAGAGAUCUAAUUAAGAUUUAUUAAAUCGCUGUUAUAUUAUAUGUUGGUUUGUUCCUUUAUACUCCAAAAGGAAAACAAUAUGAGUAAAAAAACUAUGUCAAUGAAUUGAGGUAUCAGUUUGCCUUCCUUUUAUUGCACUCAUUGGAUAAUUGUCUACUUUCAAAUUGUUGUGACCUUUGAUCCAUAUAACUAAGUGAGUGUUCUAUCUUUUCAGUUUCCCUAUCUGUUCUCAGGAUAGAAAUGUUCCUCGGCACCAUGAAAAACGUCAACGGAGGAACAACCUUUUAUUUUAUUUUAUGUUGCCUCUACUAUAUUGUUGUUGCCACAAGGAUUUACCUGGACACGGAGCCACCAUGAUGUGUUUAAAAAUGAUUACAUUAUCCUGUUCUAACCUGAUGGUGUUAGAAACAUCUUGGCAUUCAAGCAGGAUUAGUUCAUUGUUUAUUAAUUACAAUUAUGUAAAAAAAUCACUGAUCAUAGCUUGACAGAAAAUAUUUUGAUAUGCCACCAUGUGCAUGGGUUAUUCACUGCUACCGAUAAAUGUUAUUUACAUGUUUUGGGUCAUGGAUGAUUGUUUUGAGUGAAAAAUAUAUCAGAUAAAAGAAAGCAUGUGAUAAUGCUGAUAGAUUGAAACUUUGGUUCCUUUUCAGAGGCCCUUUUGGAUCCUGCCUUCCCAGUCUGCAUGAAUCCUCCUAAUCCAGCAAAGCCUUGAAACCUUUGUGUGAGCUAAAUGAUAAUUUUUGCAACA